UCUGGCUCCGCCCUCUCCUCCCCUCCCACCACGUGUCCCCGCUCCCUCCCGCGGGGCCGCGCUGGGGCGGCGGGAGCGGCGGACGCGAUGGCGCGCUGAAUGCCGGGCCACAGCCCUCGCCGCCCGCUCGGCCGGGGCCGCCCCCCGCCCCCCGGAAACAUUGAGGAAGCUGUCUCCGAACUCCGCCAAGAUCUUUGCUUUGGAAGUCCCGGGAAAUGGGACCCGCGAGAUGCACACUCACCACACACCCAGAAAUUGCCAGCAGGCUUCUAGGGGGAAGCUCUUUGUACCAGUCUGAGGAGGCUUCGAAUAGAGAGAAUUUGCGACCCGGAGGCGAGGAGUCCUGCCAGGUCCGGGUUGGCCUCCGACACCCAGGCACACCCAUCUCAGUAUCACCGACUUGGCUUUGGGAGGUCGUUUAGGGCAGAAAGACUUUAAGUUUCCGAACUGGCUUGUGGACAGCGCCUAUGAAUCUGGAAAAUUCAGAGAUGGAGUCCCCAGCAUACCCUCUAAAUUUGACCCUGAAAGAAGAGCAAAAAGAAGAGAUUCAGAUCCGGGAAUUGGAGGAUGACCCCAUACAUAUGCAGAAAGUACAGAUCAGCUCAGAAGGCGCAUGGGUUCCAGCCCUAUUUAAUGAGGUGGCCAUCUAUUUUUCUGAUGAGGAGUGGGAAGUUCUGACGGAGCAACAAAAAGCCCUCUACCGGGAAGUCAUGAGGAUGAACUAUGAGACUGUCCUGUCCCUGGAAUUCCCAUUCCCUAAGCCAGACAUGAUCAGUCGGUUGGAAAGGGAAGAGGAGUUUCCUAAAUCUGAUGAGUGGCGGCUCCAGGGAGUAACCAUUGCAGAAAAUGAAGAACCUGACUUUAGGACUCCAGAUUGGGCAAGCGCAGUGAAUGCCACCUCCCAUUUUCCUCAACCUCAGCACCUCAACAGCUUUUACCUGCAUCUGCCUCGGGAUAUCACUGAACUGCCUGAGUGGAGUGAGGGGUACCCUUUCUACAUGGCCAUGGGAUUCCCAGGGUAUGACCUCUCGGCCGACGACUUAGCUAGCAAGUUUCAGUUCAGUCGGGGCAUGCGUCGCAGUUAUGAUGCAGGGUUCAAGCUGAUGGUGGUGGAGUACGCCGAGAGCACCAACAACUGUCAGGCUGCCAAGCAGUUUGGGGUGUUGGAAAAAAAUGUUCGAGACUGGCGCAAAGUGAAACCACAGCUCCAAAAUGCCCAUGCCAUGCGGCGGGCAUUCCGAGGCCCCAAGAACGGAAGGUUUGCCCUGGUAGACCAGCGUGUGGCUGAGUAUGUCAGAUACAUGCAGGCCAAAGGGGACCCCAUCACCAGGGAGGCCAUGCAGUUGAAAGCUCUUGAAAUCGCCCAGGAGAUGAACAUUCCAGAGAAAGGGUUCAAGGCAAGUCUGGGCUGGUGUCGAAGAAUGAUGAGAAGGUAUGACCUGUCUCUGAGGCACAAAGUGCCAGUCCCUCAGCACCUGGCCGAGGACCUGACUGAGAAGCUGGUCACCUACCAGCAGAGCGUGCUGGCUCUGCGCCGGACACAUGACUAUGAAGUAGCACAGAUGGGCAAUGCAGACGAGACACCCAUCUGCUUAGAGGUGCCCUCGAGAGUGGCUGUCGACAACCAGGGGGAAAAGCCCAUCUUGGUCAAGACGCCAGGCAGGGAGAAACUGAGGAUCACAGCCAUGCUAGGUGUCUUGGCUGAUGGGAGGAAGUUACCCCCUUACAUCAUUUUAAGGGGGACAUACAUUCCGCCUGGGAAGUUCCCCAGUGGCAUGGAAAUCCGCUGCCACCGCUACGGGUGGAUGACUGAGGACUUGAUGCAAGACUGGUUGGAAGUUGUGUGGAGACGGAGAACUGGAGCCGUGCCCAAACAGCGAGGGAUGCUGAUCUUGAAUGGCUUCCGGUGCCACGCCACUGACUCUGUGAAGAGUUCCAUGGAGAGUAUGAACACAGACAUGGUGAUCAUCCCAGGGGGCCUGACCUCCCAGCUACAGGUUCUGGAUGUGGUGGUCUAUAAGCCACUGAAUGACAGUGUCCGGGCCCAGUAUUCCAAUUGGCUUCUGGCUGGGAACCUGGCACUGAGCCCCACUGGGAAUGCCAAGAAGCCACCCCUGGGCCUCUUCCUGGAGUGGGUCAUGGUUGCAUGGAACAGCAUCUCAAGUGAAUCAAUUGUGCAGGGGUUCAGAAAGUGCCACAUCUCCAGCAACUUAGAGGAGGAAGGCGACGUCCUAUGGGAAAUUGAGAGCCAGUUGCCCAGAGAACCACCAAAAGAAUGUGAUCCUGCAAGUGUGGCUGAGGGCAACUGAGAAGACUCAGGUAACUGGUCAGGAAUAGCUCCUCUACCACCACUGACACCCCUGGUCAUGUCUAGCACUUACCUUUUUUCUGGGUGUUAGUUUUCCCUUUUCAAGUUCUCUUUAAAUAAGCCUGCCAUGCCACAGUGUAGACAGGUCAUCAGCACUUUCCCUCUCGUCAGAAACAGAUCUGUAUUUUGUCCUAUGGCCUGAAUCCAGGAGUGCUCAUGUAAUCAAUGGGUAAGAUGGGCAAGGAGCAGUCUGAACCCUUCACAUGAGAGCAGCUCCACUGCAGAAAGUUACUUGGCCCAAAGAGCAUAGUCCGACAUUGUUUGGUUCCCAGGAAGGCUGUCUAAAAAGAUGACUUUCUUCUGACGUGCAGUCUGUCUGCUUGCAUUACUUACAUAGUUGCACUGCCUUUUGCUGAUGUGCAGGACCAUGACUCAGGAGAGAAUGGAGUAUGCCUUUAGUACAGUGACCUCUAGGCCCCAGGCGUGUACUAGGGAGAGCAUUAUAAUUUUCAUGCUCACCAGGGAGAUGGUGAUAUGUAUUGUUUGCUUUCAUCUAGGGAAUGCUGAGAGUUUCUAAACAUCUUAGUCCAUGGAACCUCAGCUGGGGUGAGCCAUUACAGUCAAUUCCUGUUGUCAGCAGAUAUCUGAAGGAAGGUGUUUUUGAAUUGAAUCUUUGAAGGGCUGCAAAGCUGGCUCAGCAGUUAAGAGCAUACUGUGCUUGCACAGGACCAGAGUCUGACUCCCAGCACCUAGGUCCUGCAGCUCAUGACCACUUGCACCCCCAUUUUGGGGGUCCAAUGAGCUCUUUAGACUCCAGUGCACCCACAAUCACAUGCCCUUUUCACACACAGAAGCACAUUAUUUAUGUCAUUAAAAAUAAAUCCUGGGUUAGAGAGAUGGCUCAGCAGUUUAAAGAGUGCUUACCGUUGGUUCUUGCAGAGGACUGGAGUUCAUUUCCCAGUGCCUAUACAACAGCUCGUAACCAGCUGUAACUCCAGUUCCAGGGGAUCUAAUGCCCUCUUCUGACCUCAGCCAGCUCCUACAUGCAUAUGAUUCACAUAGACCCCUGCACACUCACACAUACACAGAAAAAGGACUCUGCCUCAGAAAUAGUACUGUAGUGAGGAAAGUGUGAGGGCCUAAGGUCAAGUGGGGGUGGUGUGCAGAAGAGGAACAACUUUGGAAGAAAACGGGUUGGGAGCCUAGCAGAGCCCACCCUAGCAAAAUCCCAUAUCCCCUGUACACACACCUUGAGCAAGCAGGAGGGCCUGAGUAAGGGACACAGGGAAAGCACAGGCAACUUACACCAUUCUCAUUUUCCUUCAGUCCACCUGCAUACUUCGAAAAGUGGCCAUCUCUAACGAGAAGACUAAAACUAACUUAAUGUACCUUUACUUGAUUUAAAAAUAAGUCUACUGUUACAUUUUACUUCUGCCCCCCCACCUCCACCAUGCAAGGACAAGGCUAACAGAAAUCUCCACCCCUCUGUGCUGUGUAAGCACAGACUCCUUAGUGGCAUAUACCUUCUUCUUGCUCUCAUAUCUCAUAUCGUACUCUAAACACUGAGCCCUAGACUUAGGGUAGAAUAAGCACUUAAAACUGAAAAUGCUGUCUUCCCUCGCCCCUACUCUUUCUAAAGCCCCGUGCAUUCAGGCUCCUUUUCUGUUGACCACUCUGCUGCCCCAGUUGGAUAUCUGACUGAGUUGCAGUUGUUUUGUCUUUUUUCUUACUUUCUCCCUCUCUGUUAGAAAACAUUUUCAAGUUUCUAAGCAACUUGCCACUCCAGGAACCCAGUCAAAAACUAUCAGAAAAGGAAAGUGCAGAAAACCGUGCUAAGCCCUGCUGUUCACACCUCACAACAGCAUGCGUUUCUAUUCCUCCAGAUGCUACUCCACAGCUGCUGGGGGAGUGAUGGAAACAGACAGGAUUCACAGCACAGUGGAGAGUUCAGAAGAUACAGGCAUUAAACCACCUACUGUUGUGGAAUAGGAUACUAUUUUUGUUAAAAGACAUCCAGAAAUCCAAGCUAAUUCAUACAUAGGCUCUCAUUGUUUUCCAACAAAUGGAACUGAAACAGUUGGAAGAAAAACUUUUAAGAAGAUGGCUGCAGAGGGACCAGAAAGGUCAGUGGGUCUCUCUAGGUCUGGACAGCAGCAUGAGCACCCAUCAAGACAGUCCUUCCCACCCCAUCCUGUCAGGUGUCAGCCAAGCAUAGGACCCUUAGGUUCAGUGACAGGAUUAGAAAAGAAACUUUAUGCCCAUUUCUUCUUUCAGAGCUGGCUCCAUCUGCCCAUUAUGGAAGCCUGUAAACACAAGUGAACAAGGGUAUCUUCUGGAGAAGAGAACACCUGUCUAACACCAAGAUGCACUAUCACCACAGCUCUCGUGGUGUCCUUUCUGUGGAGAAGAAACCUCAAGUAUAUACAUAUAUAUAUAUAUAUAACAUAUAUAUAUAUAUAUAUAUAUAUACGCCUUCGCAGAUGCUUCAGUAGAAGUGUUUCUAUACAGGUCACAACAACAGGAAAGCUUUUGUAGAAACACGUCAUUCAUGCACUCCUGUCUCCUCACGGAGGGAAUGAGAUAUUGAUAACAGCAAAGUGGAGAUGCUGUCUUGGUGCAGAAGAUGGCACUUUCUAGGUAAACUAGGUUAGUAUGGAAGAUGAAGAGUUUGACAUAAAUAACGCUGUUACACUGACUUCCCAAGUGGUAGGCAGCUAGCCCUUCUAGGGUCUUAUUUAAUGACCCGACUUUCCCUGUUGUCCUCUUUAAUGAGGCAGUCCUUGGUGCACAAGCCUUUGCUUUUCAAGCUGCCUGCAGAAGUCUAAAUCCUCUGCCAUGUACAGAGAACAAGGCCCACUGACUCAUACUUGGUCCCUUUUCUUUAAUAUUUUUGUCAAAAGGGCAGUGGGAGGAUUGGGCCUUAAGCCACAGCUGCUUUCAGACUUCAGCCUAUAAGAACAGGUGUGAGUCACUGACUUUUUCCAUAAUAGUCAUGUGCAUUCCUGUGUAAGUCGACUAUUAGGAAAAACAUUCCUUCAAAGCUAUCUGUGCUACAAAAAUUCUCCCAGAACCUCAUAGGCAAAGCCAUUGCUAGAUCUGUCAUUCCAAAUAGUGUGGCCAGCAGGUUGCUGUGGCCACCCUUCCUCCACUCAGCUCACGUGGAUGCUAUACUCUGUUCUCAACAUCUUCCCCAGUUUCUACUCAGGUACUCAUUCUCCUGUCUGUCGUCACUUUUUUCAUGUUUUAACCAGUCAUUAAACCUGCCCAGCUUGAGUUCUGAACACAUGACAGUGACGUCUAAGAUCUGAACGAACUGAUUUCCCAUUAGCUCUGUUGGUACCGUCUUGUCAUCCCUAAAUGCCAUCUAAACUCUUCUCUCCAUCAGGUUUGGGCUUUUGUUUUGUUUCCUAACUUACACUGUCCUCUUCCCGACUUUAGUAUUUCUCUUGCUUGAGAGCUUAAAAGACGUUUGGCUUUUCACACAUAAGCCAAUUAUCUUAAUGAAGAGUAGAGAAUGGGUCUGAUUCCUUUCUCAUCUCAUACCGUUACUCAUCAGGUUACAUAGCACUGGAACUUUUCUAGAGUGAUGGUUCUGCUGUCAGGGUCUUCUGGCAUUCUUCCGCUGAUUCAAAUGAUCUAUGCCUAACAGCCCCAGUACAACUGUGGAGCAGACUAGCCGUUUCCUGAGAAUUACCAUAGCACACUAUGACUGGUACUCCCUACUAGAUAGAAACUGAUCCCAGUAAUAAACUUUGGUAAUAAAGACAA